AUGAGCAAGGAGUUACAGGACUGGACACUUGACAGGCUCUCUGCUUUGCUUGGCCUUCCAGUUGAGGAGCUGGGAGACAUGCUUCCGUCACUCAUUCAAGCAAAAACUAAGAAUCAAGUUGAAGACCAACUAUUUGGAAUGCUUGGCAAUAGCAAGGACGUGACAGAAUUCGUUGAAGAGUUUUGUCAUCGUAGCUUCAACCCUACUCUGCAAAGUGUCAUCAAGCAGCACGAUGAUUCAAACUCUCGGAUAGCUUCAUCUCCGCAAUCCUACUCUAAAUCAGUCCAAAAAGAGCAGCAGCCUCCGUUACAACAACAGUUCAAGAAUCAGGAGAACGUCUAUCGAAAGAGUGACAAUGACCUGGUUUACUUUGCUGGUGCCAAGAAGAAGCCCAUUCCCAAGGAAGAACAGAAACCAGAACCUGUAGCUUCAUCACAACAGAGUACACCUCUGUCACGAGACACGAUACCAGUUGCAACACGAGAGACUGCCGCAUCAACAACAUCACCAAACAAUAAAAAGGCCAGAAAGGGACAAGCUAAAGCAUCCGGAAUGUCACUGACAGAGUUUGAUAAACUUACUACUGCUAGUGGUGCCUUUGCUGGCUCAAAACGAGUGCAAUGUGAUUGUUUGGCUUCCAAGCACGGAUUAUUGACCAAUUGCUUGAAUUGUGGUCGAGUGAUAUGUAAUCUAGAAGGACCUGGAGAAUGCUUUACAUGCAAAUCAUUGGUAGUCUCAAAAGACCAACAAAGGCAGCAGCUAGCUGCCCGAGUCAUACAAAGAAGAGACUCAGUAGAUGCUGUAUACGAAAUAUCUCAAGAACAGGGUCAGCGAGAAGCUUUCGAUAGAGCUGAAAGGACCAAGGAACGAUUACUUGAAUAUGAUCGCAACUCGACUCAAAGAACCAAAGUUCAUGAUAGUGCAUCAGAUUUUGAUCUGGAUGCCGCUGCACAGGAUAAAUGGUCGACGCCAGAACAACGAGCACUCGCUCUACGAAAAGCACAACAACAGAAACGGGCCGAGGAAGAGAAAUCAAGACGACGAGUUAUGACCAUCGAUGUCGUCAAUAAGAGAGUGACUGUCAUGCAACCAACUGACGAUGAAUUGACGGUGGAACCUGAAGCCAUUGUAUCGACUACUAGUGUAGAGAAGUCGACCCUGACAAGGCAACCAAAUGGCAAUGUAGACACAACUUUGGGCUCUGGACUCUUUAUAAAUCCAUCGUUGACUCAACGACCUGCGUAUGUCCAAGUAGAGGUCCCAGUAAUCACCCAUACAAGGAAAAGACCACCGCCAUCAGUAUCCGCAGAACAACCUAUUGAUGAGUUUAUACCUGGAAUGGCACCCAAACAACCACCGCCUCGAAAGCAAUCGGUUGAGACCAAGAGUGAAGCAACAACAAAGCAGACUCCACCAACAACAACACAAAGUGUCAGCAACAGCAACUCCAAGAGGAAACCCAGACUUCAAUUUGAUUUUAGGGAUGAUAUAUUGUUUCUAGAAGGAGCACAAUACGAUUCCUCUUCUGCUUUGGGUGAUGAGCCUGCUAGUUAG